UUUGGACUCACUCAAAUCAGAGAUUUUUCGCACCGACGCGAAGACCACAGUCACCACACCUGGAACGUCUCAUGACGUUUGCUCUUGGGUCAUGGAGACGAAACUCUCAAGGUGAGCCAUGGCUGGAGAUAUGGGUAAUAUAGCCCAGUAGGAAAUCCAGUAACAGACACCAAACCAGAAGAUAUUCCAAAGGAAGCUUUUCUCUGUCGUCUUCUUUCAAACACUGUCUCUGCAUUUCUUCCAGUUACUCUAAUGGAGCUCUGGUUUGUACUCCUCUUCUCUCUCUGCCUCUGCGUAGCCCUCAAAUCCUUCAUCCAUCUUCUCUCCCACAUACAAAACAACACACCGAAGCUCUCUCUCCCACCAGGCCCUCCUAAGGUACCCUUAAUCGGCAGCUUCCUCUGGCUCCGGAAUUCCUCUCCUUCAAAAAUCGAGCCAAUCCUCCGCAAUCUCCGCCAAAAGUACGGCCCCAUUAUCACUCUCCACAUCGGCCCCCGCCCAGCAAUUUUCAUCGCAGACCACUCUCUCGCCCAUCGAGCCCUCGUCGAGAAUGGUGCCUUCUUCGCCGAUCGCCCGCCGGCCGCCUCGCCCAGCCGCUUAGUCAACAAUAACCCAAUCAACAUCAAUUCUGCUACCUAUGGUCCUCUGUGGCGGCUCCUCCGCCGGAAUCUCACCUCCGAGAUCCUCCACCCUUCUCGAGUGAAAUCCUAUUGUCACGCUCGAAAAUGGGUGUUGCAGAUAUUAAUCGAUCGACUCACAUACCAUGUUGAAACUGGUGAGCCGGUUCGCGUGAUUGAUCACCUCCAGUAUGCCAUGUUCUGCUUGCUGGUCCUCAUGUGCUUUGGGGAGAAACUGGAUGAGAAAGUCAUUAAAGAGAUCGAAGAUGCACAGAGGACUCUACUUGUUAAUAUGCGGAGAUUCGCCAUUCUUGGAUUCUUCCCCAAAUUGGGGAGAUUCAUUUUCAGGAAACGCUGGCACCAACUGCUUGAGAUGCGCCGGAAACAGGAAUCUGUACUCAUCCCUAUCAUAAGAGCCCGAAAGGAGCUGAAGGAGAAAAAACAAGAUAACCCAGAUGAGUUCGUUGUCUCCUACGCUGAUACACUGUUCGAUCUUAAGAUCCCAGAUGAAGGACGGAAUCUCACAGAGCAAGAAAUGAUGACUCUUUGUUCCGAGUUUCUGAAUGGUGGCACUGACACAACAGCUACGGCAUUGCAGUGGAUCAUGGCGAACCUAGUGAAGCACCAAGGUAUACAAGAAAAGCUCUACUGUGAAAUUGAAGGAGUUGUAAGUUCAGGAGAAGAGAUUAGAGAAGAGGAUUUGCAGAAGAUGCCUUAUCUCAAGGCAGUGGUGUUGGAAGGGUUGAGGCGGCACCCACCAACUCAUUUCGUGCUACCACAUGCUGUCACGGAAGAUAUCGUGUUUGAUGGCCAUUUCAUACCCAAGAGAGCUGCAGUGAAUUUCAUGGUGGGUGAGAUGGGGUUAGACCCAAAAGUUUGGAAGGAUCCAAUGGAAUUCAGGCCACAAAGAUUUUUGAGUGAGGAGGGAGAAGUAUUUGAUAUAACAGGGAGCAAGGAGAUUAAGAUGAUGCCGUUUGGGGUGGGGAGGAGGAUUUGCCCUGGACUUGGGUUAGCUUCACUUCAUUUGGAGUAUUUUGUGGCCAAUUUGGUCAGAGAAUUUAAAUGGAUGGCUGUGGAUGGUGAUGAUGUUGACUUGUCGGAGAAGCAGGAGUUCACCAUUGUUAUGAAGAACCCAUUACGGGCCCACAUCUCUACAAGGGUAAAUUAAAAGAAUGUCAUUAGUUCUGUACUUCUGUUAUGUCAAACUUACUCUGUAUAACAGCUUCAAUAGUAUAGCUCAUCUGAUAUCCCCAUGCCAUGAGGAACUUAAGAUGGAACUGUAAAGGUGUUUUUUUUCAUCUUUUUAUAAUCUGAGUUUAAAUUAAACAGAUAA